AUGAGUGAAGCCGCCAGAUUCUUUGUUGGGCCUGAAGAUACAGAAAUCAACCCUGGUAAUUAUCGACAUUUCUUCCACCAUGCAGAAGAGGAGGAGGAGGAAGAGGAUGAGAGUCCACCGGAAAGGCAGAUUGUGGUUGGAAUAUGUUCCAUGGCAAAGAAGUCCAAAUCAAAACCAAUGAAGGAAAUUCUUGAAAGGAUCUCCUUAUUUAAAUAUAUUACAGUAAUAGUAUUUGAAGAGGAAGUUAUUUUGAAUGAACCAGUGGAAAACUGGCCUUUAUGUGAUUGUCUUAUUUCUUUCCAUUCUAAAGGAUUUCCACUGGACAAAGCAGUUGCCUAUGCAAAACUCAGGAAUCCAUUUAUAAUCAAUGACUUGAAUAUGCAGUAUCUCAUACAAGAUAGGAGAGAAGUAUAUAGUAUUCUUCAAGCUGAAGGUAUUUUACUUCCUCGUUAUGCAAUUUUGAACCGUGAUCCAAAUAAUCCCAAAGAAUGCAGCCUGAUUGAAGGGGAAGAUCAUGUAGAAGUAAAUGGGGAAGUUUUUCAAAAGCCAUUUGUAGAGAAGCCAGUUAGUGCAGAAGAUCACAAUGUUUACAUUUAUUAUCCAACAUCUGCUGGUGGUGGAAGUCAAAGACUUUUUCGAAAGAUUGGCAGUAGAAGUAGUGUUUAUUCCCCAGAAAGCAAUGUGCGAAAAACGGGCUCAUAUAUAUAUGAAGAGUUUAUGCCCACAGAUGGUACUGAUGUUAAGGUUUAUACAGUGGGUCCAGAUUAUGCCCAUGCUGAAGCUCGAAAAUCUCCAGCACUUGAUGGCAAGGUGGAACGAGACAGUGAAGGAAAAGAAGUAAGAUACCCUGUUAUUCUCAAUGCACGAGAAAAAUUAAUUGCUUGGAAAGUCUGUCUUGCAUUUAAGCAAACAGUUUGUGGCUUUGAUUUAUUGCGAGCCAAUGGACAGUCCUAUGUCUGUGAUGUCAAUGGCUUCAGUUUUGUGAAAAAUUCCAUGAAGUAUUAUGAUGAUUGUGCAAAAAUACUUGGCAAUAUUGUGAUGAGAGAGCUUGCUCCACAAUUUCAUAUCCCCUGGUCAAUACCCUUAGAAGCUGAAGAUAUCCCAAUUGUACCAACUACAUCUGGAACUAUGAUGGAACUUAGAUGUGUCAUAGCUGUUAUUCGUCACGGGGAUCGAACACCAAAACAAAAAAUGAAAAUGGAAGUGAGGCAUCAAAAAUUUUUUGAUCUUUUUGAAAAGUGUGAUGGAUAUAAAUCUGGGAAAUUAAAACUCAAAAAGCCAAAACAAUUACAGGCAAUGCUGGAUAUUGCACGGCAACUUCUUACGGAACUGGGGCAAAACAAUGAUUCUGACAUUGAAGAAAACAAGUCAAAACUUGAACAACUUAAGACUGUGUUAGAGAUGUAUGGCCACUUUUCUGGAAUAAAUCGUAAGGUGCAAUUAACCUAUCUCCCUCAUGGUUGUCCUAAAACAUCUAGUGAAGAGGAAGACAGCCGAAGAGAAGAACCAUCCUUACUUUUGGUUCUAAAAUGGGGAGGAGAACUAACUCCUGCAGGCAGGGUCCAGGCUGAAGAACUUGGAAGAGCUUUCAGGUGUAUGUAUCCUGGAGGUCAAGGAGAUUAUGCAGGAUUUCCUGGUUGUGGAUUACUUAGAUUGCAUAGUACCUACCGACAUGACCUCAAAAUAUAUGCCUCUGAUGAAGGACGAGUGCAGAUGACUGCAGCUGCUUUUGCCAAGGGGCUAUUGGCACUGGAGGGAGAGCUUACACCCAUCCUUGUUCAGAUGGUAAAAAGUGCUAACAUGAAUGGUCUUCUGGACAGUGAUAGCGACUCUUUGAGCAGUUGUCAGCAACGUGUGAAAGCAAGACUUCAUGAAAUACUUCAGAAGGACAGAGAUUUUACUACUGAAGAUUAUGAAAAGCUUACUCCGUCUGGAAGCAUUUCUCUUACUAAAUCAAUGCAUUUAAUUAAAAAUCCUGUGAAGACCUGUGACAAAGUGUAUUCUUUGAUACAAAGUUUGACUUCUCAAAUCAGACAUCGCAUGGAAGAUCCCAAAUCAUCAGAUAUCCAGCUUUACCAUAGUGAGACAUUAGAGCUUAUGCUACGUAGAUGGUCCAAGCUGGAGAAAGACUUUAAGACAAAGAAUGGAAGAUAUGACAUUAGCAAAAUCCCUGACAUAUAUGACUGUAUAAAAUACGAUGUCCAGCAUAACUGUUCCUUGAAGUUAGAAGACACAAUGGAAUUAUAUGGUCUUUCAAAGGCAUUAGCAGAUAUUGUUAUCCCUCAGGAAUAUGGUAUAACCAAAGCUGAAAAGCUGGAGAUUGCCAAAGGCUACUGUACUCCUCUAGUUAGAAAAAUUCGCUCAGACCUUCAGAGGACACAAGAUGAUGACACUGUAAAUAAACUCCAUCCUGUGUAUUCCAGGGGUGUUCUGUCUCCUGAACGUCAUGUCCGUACCAGAUUAUAUUUCACCAGUGAAAGUCAUGUACAUUCUUUACUAUCUAUUCUUCGAUAUGGUGCCUUAUGCAAUGAAUCAAAGGAUGAACAGUGGAAACGAGCUAUGGAUUAUUUAAAUGUUGUCAAUGAGCUCAACUACAUGACUCAGAUCGUUAUCAUGCUUUAUGAGGAUCCUAACAAGGAUCUCACUUCAGAAGAACGCUUUCAUGUUGAAUUACACUUUAGUCCAGGAGCCAAAGGAUGUGAAGAAGACAAAAAUUUACCAUCCGGCUAUGGAUAUAGACCAGCUUCAAGAGAGAAUGAAGGCAAGCGACCUUUUAAAAUUGAUAAUGACGACGAACCACAUACUUCUAAAAAAGAUGAGGUUGAUCGAGGUGUGCUGUUGUUCAAACCUAUGGUAUCAGACCCAAUUCAUAUACACAGGAAGUCUCCACUUUCAAGAUCUAGGAAGAUGGUUACAAAUGAAGCUGUUACUGAAAAUGCUACUUACCUACGAACACCAAGAACGCUUGUGGAACAGAAACAGAAUCCUGCUGUAGGGUCUCACUGUGCGGGCCUGUUUAGCACCUCGGUGCUCGGGGGUUCUUCAAGCGCACCUAACCUACAGGAUUAUGCUCGUACUCAUCGUAAAAAGCUGACCUCUUCUGGCUGCAUAGAUGACGCCACACGCGGUUCUGCUGUUAAAAGGUUUUCUAUCUCAUUUGCUCGACACCCAACCAAUGGCUUUGAGUUGUAUUCCAUGGUGCCAUCUAUUUGUCCUCUAGAAACUCUUCACAAUGCCCUGUCUUUAAAGCAGGUGGAUGAAUUUCUUGCUUCCAUUGCUUCUCCAUCAAGUGAAGUUCCACAGACGGCCCCUGAGAUCUCCUCCACAGCUUCACGUCCCAGUUCAGUAAUGAGAGGAAAAACAUCUUUAAAUACAUAUACACCUGCAAAGAUCCUCCCAACACCACCAGCUACCUUAAAGAGUACUAAAGCAAGCAGCAAACCAGCUACCAGCGGACCUUCUAGUGCAGUUAUUCCUAAUACCUCAAGCCGAAAAAAGAUUAUGAGUAGCAAAACAGAAGUGCAUGAACACAAAAAAACCACUGGGAAGAAGAAAUAA